CAUUCCUUUCCCUGGGGACACCUGAGCAGCCAGAGGACUCUCCCUAGAUGAUCGGGGAUCUUCUACGGGUCUAAUAUCUUUUGAUAGAGUUGGUAAGAAAAUGGAGCCAUGGAUCAGCCAAAGUCCCCGCAGAGAGAAUCCAGACUGAAGACGAACCCCCGUACUCCUUUCCCAUCACAGCUCACCUUCCCUUCCCCCAGUCAGAAUCCUUGUUUGGGGGCUCCCAAGCCUCUGGGCUCAGCCCCACCCCUCUCCCAGCAUCCUAAAGUUCGGGGGCUGCAUUCAAGCGAGAGAUUUCCAAGUCGAGGUGUGUUGGAGGGACUUCUGAGGGCAGCUUGUUCUGGAAGAACGGGGGGGAAAGUGGCAGCCACCGCCGCUGUCUCUGAGGACAUCAGCGGAGCUUCCUGGGAGACCCUCUGCCCUUUCCCCUCCCACCAGCCCAGGCGAGCAGGGACCAAGCUUGCUUAUUGUCACCUGACGCUGGGCAGCCUCUGAUCCCAUUGGUGGAGCCAGAUUCGGUCUGGCUCUCCCGUUCUUUCUCGCCUUCUCUGCCUCUCACUCUCCUCCACGCUGCUGUGAUUUCGCUCUUGCCUCCCCUUGCGCUCGGCUGGGAAGAUCGCCUGUCUGGGGGCAGUAGCCGUGCGCUGCAGAGCCAGGCAGGAGCUGCCUGCGGGGCAUGGAAGAAGCCUCUUUGGCAGCCUCGAGAGGAGCGGGAGGAGCGAGCGAGCGCCGCUGCCUGUGACCCCGGCAUCGCCGCUGCCCCUCUCCCUGGGGAGAGCACGUCCGCACAGAGAGCUCUCCCUUCCCUCCCUUCCAGGUCUUCCUCUGCAGAGCCCCGUGGAGCCAGUCCCCACAGGAGCCAAGCCAGAGGGGAGCAUGGAGCUGCUGUCCACGCCCCACAGCAUCGAGGUCAACAACAUCACCUGUGACUCCUUCCGCAUCUCCUGGGCCAUGGAGAACAGUGACCUGGAGAGGGUCACCCAUUACUUCAUUGACCUUAACAAGAAGGAGAACAAGAACUCCAACAAGUUCAAGCACCGGGAUGUCCCCACCAAGCUUGUGGCCAAAGCCGUGCCACUGCCCAUGACAGUAAGAGGCCACUGGUUCCUGAGCCCCCGCACGGAGUACAGCGUGGCCGUGCAGACGGCCGUGAAGCAGAGUGACGGGGAGUACCUGGUGUCCGGCUGGAGCGAGACGGUCGAGUUCUGCACCGGGGAUUAUGCCAAGGAGCACCUGGCCCAGCUGCAGGAGAAGGCUGAGCAGAUUGCAGGCCGCAUGCUCCGCUUCUCCGUCUUCUACCGCAACCACCACAAGGAGUACUUCCAGCACGCCAGGACCCACUGCGGGAACAUGCUGCAGCCCUACCUGAAGGACAACAGCGGCAGCCAUGGCUCCCCAACCAGCGGCAUGCUCCACGGGGUCUUCUUCAGCUGCAACACAGAGUUCAACACAGGCCAGCCUCCUCAGGACUCCCCCUAUGGCCGCUGGCGCUUCCAGAUCCCUGCCCAGCGCCUUUUCAACCCCAGCACCAACCUCUACUUUGCGGACUUCUACUGUAUGUACACAGCUUACCACUAUGCCAUUCUGGUGCUGGCCCCCAAGGGCUCCCUGGGGGACCGCUUCUGCCGUGACCGCCUGCCCCUCCUGGACAUUGCCUGCAACAAGUUCCUGACCUGCAGCGUGGAGGAUGGGGAGCUGAUCUUCCGCCAUGCCCAGGACCUCAUCCUGGAGAUCAUCUAUACCGAGCCCGUUGACCUGUCCCUGGGCACCCUGGGGGAGAUCAGCGGGCACCAGCUCAUGAGCCUGUCCACUGCUGACGCCAAGAAAGACCCCAGCUGCAAGACCUGCAACAUCAGUGUGGGCCGCUAGGGACUCCUGGGGAGCUGGGGGGCUAGGGAGAGAUGACAGGCAGGGUGGCGAUAGGUGGCAUAGGUUCAGGGAGCUAGCUUUCUCUCCCCUGCCGCCCCCAGCUCCCUCCACGCCACAGCCUCCCCCUUUCCCACCCCGUGGCAUUAGAGGCAACAGAGGGUGUCCCCUUGGUAGGCGUGGCCUAUUCACCCCUGGUGGACUUGGUAACGCUUCUUAGCCUCCGUAGGUUGGUGGAAGGAGGGUAGAUUUCUGAAGAUUUCCCCAUUCCUGGUUUCCCUGUCCUGCUGUUUCUUGCUUCAUCCCGGCCUCCACCUCAUGGAAACUUACAGCCUGGGGGCUGUCACUGAGCAGCCACCCCGGGCCAGAGCCCACGUGUUGCUUGCCCGCCCCCAGAGGCGCUGCAGAGAGCUGCGGGUGCUCCUCUCCAGCCCCGCCCACCCCACUCAGGGCCAACCACAGGAUACCCCUCCCCUCUGUGCCGGCCCGGGGGCCUUCUGACUCCAGGCCUGGCCCUUUCCCUUUAUACAUAGUCUCCUGCACCGCUCUGACCCCCCCCCAGCACCCUCUUCCUGCAUGGGGAGAGCUGUCCCUCCCCUUCUCCACCUGCCCUCUAGAAAGGGGCCCUCUUUUUCCUCCUGGCUUUGGGGGCUCCGGGCUGUUGGGACUUUUCCUUUCUCCUCUGGAGAUGAUGUGUGCCCCAGCGUACCUUCUCCCUUGCUCAGAGCACUGAGGUCUGCGGUGGCAGCCACUGGGGUCGAGGAGGGGGCCAGAGACCCCUGAGACCCAGAGGUAACCCUUCUCAGCCGGAAGGGGGCCGCCUCCUGCCCCGAGGGGACCCAGUGUGGAACUAGAAUUGAGGGCUUUCCCAAGAGCCCCGGCACCCUGCCUGACUGUGCGCUUUGCUCGCUCUCUCUGCCACGGGGCCGUGACUGCACCGUGCCUGCGUGUGAUCUGGACUGUGGCUUCCCUGCCACCGCACCUCACGCCCCGCCCACCGGCACCGUCUGCUGCCCACCGCCAGCCCGUUGGCAGAGAGCCCCUUCCCUGGGGAGUUCUUGGAGAUGGCUUCCUGGGCCUCCCAGCGUUUUUGCCUAUUUCCUACUUUGGUAUGGGUCAUGAGGGUGGUGAGGGUGGACCCCUGGAAUAAACGAACCAAGUCGGGGGGCAGGUGGAGGUGUGCAUGGAGGCAGCUAGCUGUUCAGGGGAUGGUGGAGGUGAUGGCAGGCAGAGGACAGCAGCCCCCACAGUGACAGCCAGAUCCCCGUGAUGAAGUACCGAAGGGGCCAGAAGGCCAACAAGGCCAUAUCUCAGUAAGGGCACAGGUGGGACAGCUGGUCGCCUCUUGUGUAGCCACAGGGAGUGGUGUGGUCAGCUGUCUCGGUGGCACGGAGCAGGUCUGGGGGCCCUGGGAGAAGCAUGGAGGAGAGGACAUGGGCCCCCAGGCCUUUUCCCCCUCUGCUGACUGCGUUGCUCUGGGGGGUGGCCCACUGCUCUCCCCUGGCCCUGUGUCUGCCCUGAGCUGGGGGCACACCCGCCUUGUUGUGCUUGCGACGUGCAUCAAUAAACCACCAUGGCCUGAGA